UAUUCUGGAAGGUGCUGCCCGGACUAGCCGGAAGUCACCGGAAACGGCCAACAUGUAUCCCUUGAAGUUUAUGUUUGUAAGCUAGUGUGUAGCCGACUGAAUUCAACCACUUUGUAUGCCGAGCUACAAUGAACAGCUGUAGAAGAAUAGCCUGUAGGGAGUGGAGGUCCGGCCUGAACACUGUCUUCUCUAGGGUCACAGCUCCGUCCCUCUGCCGGAGCCAGGCCACAUGUGCUGCUCCAGACCCCAACACGGGAGAGAAACCCCGGCUAAGGGCGAUCGACCUGGCGAAGGAGGUCCAGAAGGAGACGACGAAUACCCAGGCUGCCGGACAGAGGACGAAGACCCGGGAGGCGGGACAGAGGACGAAGCCGGAGGCGGCUGAGGCAGCAGCUGCAGAGAUCCCUCCUCCACUGUCCGGGCAGCAGAAGCGGGUGAUGGAGCUGAAACGGUUCAGUCUGCAGCUGCAACAAGUUCAUCCCAACGUUUUGGCCAAACACCUGCUCAGAAGCGUGCUGUACCAAGACAAUGAUGUGGUGAUCACCAACAAACCUUAUGGAGUUCCUGUCAGAGAGGAAUGCGGGGGAACAUCCAUCUCCUCUGUGCUCCCUGUUCUCUGCAAAAUGAUGGAUGGGAUGAAGAUGAAGUCUGAUUCUCAACUGAUCCCAUGCCUGAGGCUGGAGAAAGAGACCACAGGAGUGCUCCUGCUGGCCAGGAGUGAAAAAGUAGUGCAGCACAUACUCAACCUUCACACAAAUAACCAAGUGCAGAGGAAAUACUGGGUCGUCAUAGUGGGUGUACCUGUUCCAUCUGAAGGAGUGAUCGACAUCCCUAUCAUAGAGAGAGAGGUCCCAGGCCCUCGCCCGCACUACAAGAUGGCCCUAAGUCCUCUUUUCAGAGUGAAUGAUGCAGGCGACGGUGUGACCAAAGUCCGCGCCCAGCGGCAAGCCCACCCUGCAGUGACCAAGUACAAAGUGUUGGACAGCGGCAGUGGCUGCAGCCUCGUGGAGCUCCAGCCUUUAACUGAAGUGAAGCACCAGAUGAGAGUUCACAUGGCACUUGCUCUGACAUGCCCCAUUCUUGGAGAUCACAAAUAUUCCCACUCAAGCAAACUGGCGCCUCAGAAAUUACCAGAGCGUGUGCUGGUAAAGCUUGGACUGGAGCAAAGCAAGGUCCGGCAUCUUCCUCUUCACUUGCUUGCUCAACAGCUGACGCUGCCAGGAACAAAAGAAGAAGACAUCAGUGUGACUUGUCCCCUGCCUAAAUACUUCAAACAGACGUUGAAUCGACUGCGUUUAGAGUCGUCUGAUGAAAAGGACCAGAUAUAACCACCUUUUAGUUUUUUUGUUAGCAAUCCAAGUGAUGUCUAAAUGCAGUGAGCAACAGGAGUGCACUAUUUAAGUUAAAUGGGAAAUUAAAUUAUAUCAAGCUUGGUAAUUGUGAGGUGAUGCAAAAUUAUCAAACGGAAAAUGUACAGUGAUAUACAACUCAUUUUUUAGUAAUAAACAAAUGAUGCAGAACUGUA